UUACUUUACUUUGAUGUCUGUAUUUGUCUACAUGAUCUUUAUGGAUUUUGCUCUUUAAUGCUCUUUGCUCAUUUAAUGCUGUAUUCAUUGGCUUCACAGAUAUUUGCACCAUGUCCCUUACUUCAGCCUCAGUUUUCUUCAUGCUGGUUGUCUUGAGCUUGGAGGAGACAAAGAGCUUUGGUGCCACCACUCCAGGAUGUCACCUCCAUCCAUUUAAUGUCACCAUUAGAAGUGACCGUAAAGGAACUUGCAGAGGGACUCAAGUUAUCAAUGCAUGUGUGGGACACUGUGAAUCCAGCGCAUUCCCAUCCAAGUAUUCAGUGCUGAUGGCCAGUGGAUACAAGCACAACAUCACAUCUGUAUCACAAUGCUGCACCAUAAACAAACUACGGAAGGUGAAGGUUCGUCUGCUUUGUGGGGCAUCUAGAUGGGAAGAAAUAGAGAUCGGUUCAGCAGAGUCGUGCCAGUGUGCCACAUGUCGCUUAUCCCGAUACUAAGUGCUUACAGGCACACAUUGCUAGUAGAGGCGGGCUUCUAUCCACCAGUAAUGAAUAAAAGUUUGUAGCAGUCAUGCAUUACUUUAUAGUGGACUAUACAUGUUGCAUAACACUACCACCGGGCACCGCCUCUUCAUGCUGCCGCCCUCCAUGCACUUUGCGUACUUUUAUACAAGCUGUUACUAAAAAGGAGCUGUAAGCCACAGCAACCACAUAACAGCUGUCAUUUUAUAAUACAAUCAGCUUUAGAAUGAUUCUAGUUAUAUCUCUUAUUUAUAUUUAGUUUGUAACUUUAUUUAUAAAGAAAUAUAAUUUGUUGAAUUCGUGAUUAGGUCAGAUGUGA